CGCUCGUGAUACGCCCGCCGCGCCGCUGAGUAAAGUCAUUGAUAGAGCAGUCUAGUCUUGCACGUCUCAGUGUCAGGUUAACAAGAGUUUAUUUGAAAAAGUCAAAGGAUAUCACCUGCAGCUGCCCGAAGAAGCCGCAUCAAUCAAUUAUUUUUCAUGAAAAUUGUUUUCUGAGAACAAACGGAAAUCGGACUCGAAUACAACAGCGCGACCACAGCAAAAUCAACACUUCGAGCGUUUCGAGGUCCGCGAUCAACGCGCGUCUCUCGGUUGAAUCCCUCUAUCUGCCUAUUCAUGCAUAAAAUGUGGCACAGAGGCUGCACGAACCUAUGUGCAGCGAAACAAAUCUGCCCGUUAGGUUUGAUCGACAGCAGAAACACGCGUUUUUUUCCUGUGGCUUCUCAACAAACUCGAACGCGACGGCUAACCUCACAUACCCCCGACUUCCUUCCUCAUUAGAAACAAGCUACAAAGAGAGUCACGUUUUGAAAGUAUCAAGUGAGGAAGCCAGGGCAUAGCUUCAAGAAAAAGAACACCGACGAAUUCGGCAAGUUGCGAGAAAGCAGAGGUGUACAGAGUAAAUGGAAGAGAUGUUGGACGGAGAGGGGUCGAAUUUCGAAGAUAACACGAACGAUGACCCCGAUCUCGCUGGGAUUAAUAUGGAACACGAGGAGGAGGCAUUUGAACAGGAGCCCGAAGGCGAGAAAGCGAACCACGAAGAGGCAAGUGGGCAGGAAGGCGAGUCUUCGGCCUAUCCCAGCGAGCAAGAAAACGAUGCUGAAGAGGAGGCGGCAGACGUCGUGGCGGAAAUUGGAUCGGACAGAUUUGAAGAUCGACCAACAGCAUCUCCGGAACGUCCCAAUAGCGUGCCGCACCUCAAGCUCACCAGUAAGAAAAAGAAAAAAACGACCUCUUCUGAAAAGGAAGACAGUGGCUCGGACACGCUGCCGUUUGAAUCCUCUUCCUCAGAAUCUGAGUCGGAGAGCUUUGAUCGCGACGAAUUUCAAAAUUGGAAAUCUCGUACACGCAUCGGGACUGAGAAUCGAUACCCCACACGCAACAUGCACCGUUCGUCCGAUGAAGAGUCCCUCACUGAUGGUCUGGAAAAGCAACGACAACAAGAAGGAUUACCUGCGAGAUUUGAUGGUAGGUCUGAGUAUAAGUCGCUUGUGAAUGAAGUCCAGGCGUACGGCGAGACACACAGAGGCAUGGAUGGUAAGAUUCAUAGAAACGAAGACCUUCCCGUGCGAAUGGCCUUUGAACACUUGAAUUCCCUAAGCGGAAUGACUAAUAAAGUUCAGGAUGCUAUAGACCUCAGUCGAAACGUUUUUGAACGCAAGGUGGUAAAAAUGGAGCGUGGGAUUCUUUUCAAAGCAUGGCGCGGCUGGUUAUUGGUGAACGCCGGUCAAUCUGCGAAGAGGAACAUUUUACAACGCGCGCUGUCCAAAAUGCGUCGGCGGAAACUCUGGGCUGCUUUUUCAAAAUGGUCAGAGAUCACCAAGAAGGCAAAACGUGGAAGCACCAUGUACCGUGCAAUAUGCACAGUGAUUCGGAACGGGCGCAAACGUCGGGCAUUUCACGCGUGGGCGGAAGAAGCUGCGGAUGGAAGACGCCGGCUUCGCAUGGUGGCGCAUAGCCAGCGAAUGAGGGAAGAGUACUUCGAGUUGCUCGUUAAAGCCGGUUUACGUCAAGUCAUUCAUAAACGAGUUCGUUCAGCGUGGAGUGCGCUACACCAGUUCUCUGGGAAACGCCGGGCGAAGAGAAACAAGAUGCGGCAAGUGAUACGACGCGCGACGCACGGGAGAGAAUCUCGAGCGCUUCAGAAAUGGAUCCACUGGAACUUUGAAAAUAAGCAACGACGCGCCAAGAUCAGACACAUCAUUAUUCACAUGCGAAAGUCGAAAAUGGCGCGUGCGUUUGAAAAGUGGAGAGCAGUGUAUCUUGCCAAAAAGCGCGUGUUGAUGAAGCUCGUGCAGGGAACUCUUACUAGGGCAUGGGCGAAAUGGUGGUCCAACAUCGUGCUCUUGCGCAAAGCUGCACUCAUAUUCUGCCGAUGGAAACAUCGAAACUUAUUUUCUGUGUUAAAUUGCUGGGCAUCCAUUGUGGAGACGAGGGUCUUGCAACGUAAUCAGUGUGAGCUAAUUUGUUUACGCGUCGGGAAUCGCAUUAAGCGCAGGGCAUGGAAACAGUGGAUAUGGUGCGUUGAGGAAGCCACUGGGUGCACGAUGGAGCACGUCAAGGAACUUCAAAAAGAAAAUGCGCGUUUACGUAGGGACAACGAACGUUUCGUCAGGUUAGUGGAUUCAGGCGAAUGGGGCCGUGGCCGGGUCGAGGAACUCACUGAGGCGGGCCGCGUCUUGCGUGCCGAACGCAGGCAGCUCGAGGUAUUGAUGGAAAAGAUCACGCUUGAAAAAGAAGAGACGGCAGGCUUGAAGAACCGCAUGCUUUCUGGUAAUUUUGUACAGCGUAACAAACUGAACAUCGCUGGUGGUUCUACGUUUAAUGCUUUGCAACGGGUCAUGAAACAAGAUGUACUCGAUAGCGGCGCGGUAGGACGAUACCCGGAUCAACUCAAGGCAAUGUUCGAGGUCCCCCGAAUGUCCUUGGACACAGUUACUGUGUUUCCUGAUGGGUACCUAAACAUCCAGGCUGAUAAUUCGAGCUCGAGGAUGGAGCCCUUCGCGAAAGGGGACACAUAUUCUGAAAGUAUGACUGAUCAAGAGCAGCCGCAGCCUGAGCAAGCAUCAGUAAACUUGGCUCAGCGCCGAAACUCCAGAGACAAAGUUCUCAUAGAUGCACUUUCUAGUCUGUCUGCAGAUGAGGUAGACGCUCUUGAAGAUAUCCUACGUCGCAGGCGGUCCUGAAGCCUAUCUAACUUACAGUAUUACUUUGAAAGUACUCUGAGCUUACAACG